AUGCUAGAGGGGAAAUUCGAAGAAGCCAGUUUGUUCAAAAAGAUCAUCGACUCUUUCAAAGAUUGCGUGCAGUUGGUCAACUUUAACUGUAACGAACACGGUAUCGCCGCACAAGCUGUGGACGACUCCAGAGUUUUGUUGGUGUCGCUAUCGAUCGGUACAGAGUCAUUCCAAGAGUUCAGAUGCGACAGAAGUGUGACUUUGGGUGUCGAUCUGUCGUCGUUGGCCAAGAUUCUGCGCUGUGGUAACAACAACGACAAUUUGACGUUAAUUGCAGAUGACACACCAGAUUCCGUUCUCCUACUGUUUGAAGACACGAAAAAAGACCGCAUCAGUGAAUACUCAUUGAAACUUAUGGACAUCGAUGCUGAUUUCCUGGACAUCGACGGCAUGGAAUACGACACCACCAUCACGAUGCCUUCUGCGGAAUUCGCCAAAGUGGUGCGCGAUUUAAAUCAACUCAGUGACUCUCUAAAUAUUUUGGUCACCAAAGACACCGUCAAGUUCGUUGCUGAGGGUGACAUCGGCUCCGGAUCCGUUAUCGUGAAACCACACACCGACAUGGACAAGCCUCAAGAAAGUGUGAAGGUCGAGCUUGAAAAACCCGUUGAUUUGACUUUCGGGUCCAAAUACUUAUUGGACAUCAUCAAGGGUGCCGGUCUUGCAGAGCAAAUCACCAUCAAGUUGUCCUCUGAGACUCCUGCUUUGUUUGAAUUCAGUCUACAGAGCGGAUAUCUACAAUUCUUCUUGGCUCCAAAGUUCAACGAAGAAGAAUAA